AUGGUGCAGAUUAUUAAAAACAUGGAUGAGUUUAAAACAUUUUUGAAAGCUGCAGGAUGCAAUCUUGUGGUGAUUGAAUUUUCAGCAAAAUGGUGUGGUCCUUGCAAAAGGAUGUGUCCUCUCAUUCAUGCAAUGUCUCUGCAAUAUCGAAACGUAAUGUUUGCUAAUGUGGAUGUGGACGAUUCUCCGGAGUUGGCCCAAAUGCAUCACAUCAAAGCACUACCCACAUUUCAGAUGUUCAAGAAAACCCAAAAGGUUUUUGAACUUUGUGGAGCUGAUGCUAAAAGAUUGGAAGCGAAGAUUCAGGAACUAAUGUAA